AUCACUCUGGCUUACGCGUUCACCGACUAUCGUGCACAGGGGCAGACAAUGUCCGCUGUUUUGGUAGAUAUUGCGAAGGUCCCCAACGGUCGCCUGAGUCUCUUCAACGUGUACGUCGCGUUGUCACGGAAUGUCUUCAAGAACGAGCACGAGUUGGAGUUAUUGAAGGAGGACGACCGCUUGGAGAGACUGGACGCAUCGACAAAGGAUCAGUGGGGGAAGAUA